GCUAGAGGUCUCAUGGGAGCCACUUCCUUCGGAGCACCGUCUCGGUAUUAUUCUAGGUUACAAAAUCACAUAUGUUCCACAAAGUGGUGGAAAUUCACGGGGCAUGGUGGUGAACACUUCCAGUCUCUCAACAGAACUACAAAACCUUCCGAAAGGGAUACCUUACGUGAUAGAAAUUACAGCGUUUAAUAGCGUUGGCGAAGGUCCACCAAGUCCAGCAAUUGUGGCUAGAUCACCCGAAGGAGUUCCCAGCCUUGCGCCUCCAGUAGUUAUGGCCCACAGCACGAGCUACACAAGCGUAACAGUAAAAUGGAUGGCUAUUCCAGAGGAAAACACCAAUGGAAUUAUAAUGGGUCAUGUUGUUGUAGUUGAGGAAAUCGAUAAAUCUUUCUAUGUCUGCAAAAAUAAUUUUACCCAGGAGAUCCAUGGACUGGAGAAAUCUAAGGUUUAUAAAAUCAAAGUGGCAAGCUUUACAUCAAAGGGCUUCAGUAACUUCAGUGAUUACGUCACAGUGAUUACUAGCGAGGAUGAUUGUCACGCCAUUGGCAUGGAAGACCAUAACAUAACAGAGUCACAAAUAACUGCAUCCUCUCUACAAAAUGGUGCAACCAACGCUCGACUGAAUUUCAAACCAACGAAUCUACUCGCCACUGGAGCCUGGUGUGCUGCCCCGGAUGAUACAAGCCAACCGUGGCUUCAAAUUGACUUUCAAGACAAAGUUACUUUAAGCCAAGUAGCCAUUCAAGGCAGAUUUUAUGAUGGCAGCGCAGUUAGUAGCAGUUUCUUUCACUGGGUGGAAAAGUACUCAUUGAAUUACAGCCUCGAUGGGAUGUAUUUCAAAGCUUAUAAACAGUUUGAUGAUGUUAAGAUAUUUCAAGGUAACUGGGAUAGCAACACCGUAGUUUUUAACUCCAUAACACCAGUGAUCUACACGCGGUAUAUUCGUAUUCUGCCAAAAUCGUGGGAAGGGAACCCAUGCAUAAGAGCUGAGUUCUUUACCUGUCAUAAAGGUAACUUGAUUAAAUUCAUCAUUAUCACUUUGUAG